GUUAGGAAGUUGGCCAUGGAUUCAUACUCUACCCUGUCCGACGUGGUCUCUUCCUGGGAUGAGGACCGCAAGUUCAUCCUGCGGGGCUGGUCUCUCGUCUUCAACGUCCUUGCAACCCUGAUGGUGCUCAGCGUGGCAGAUGGACGUCUGGCCUACUUGCAGGGCUUUUAUACUGGCUACCUGGGCAUCUGGAUAGACUGCAGAAAGCACAAGUGUGCCAGCCUGGGCCAAGUCACCGUUCUCAUCCAUAUGAGCAUGGGCUUCAUGAUGCUGGCCCUGACCCUGUGUCUCAUCCUCCUCCCCACCAUGGGCCUCUCCUUCCGGCCAGUCUUCCGACGCCUAACUAAGAUCGACCUUGUCUUCAGUUCUCUCAGCUUCAGCAUUGGGCUCCUGAUUGUUCUCAGUCUGACACUCUUUGUAGUCAACUGCGAGACGUUGCGCCCGAGGCCACAGGUAUCCUACCUGGUGACCACCUACCUGUGCUGGGCUGCCGGUGCCUUGAUGCUGUGGUCCGGAGCUCUGAGCUACUUAAACCACGUGGGCAUGUGGAGCAAAGGGACGUCCUUUAAAGAGCGGCGGGUGAGCUAUCGUCGGUGGGCCUCGCAGCAGAACACCACGAGACGCAUGUCCCAAGAACAGUCCGCCGCGGACCAGAAGCACACCGUGGACCUGCCCAAUGCACUCACCCCCUCAAGCCUCUCGAAGCAGUAGCGCCCGAGCUUCUCAGGAUACUGACCAGUGACCGCAGUCAGAUACCGGGCCCGUCCCCUUCAUCGCGGCCACGAGCCCGAGAUCAGCCCUCCCUUCGAGGCCCCACUCCCAAAGAACAUGCCCCACCCCUCGAGCUAGGGUUACCCUUUGCAGCUCUGUUCCCGCCCACUGAAUCCUCAUCCUGCUCCCACCCCUACAGUGCGACAACCGCCCCCUCCUUUUCCGUAAGCUAGCCCUCUCAGGCCACGCCCCGAAGUUGCACUCCAACGUGGGAACUCCUCCCCUUCCGAGGGCGAGUCCCGCCCCUGGAUAUCCAGUCACGCCCCCGGCGGGACACUUAACUGCCCAGCAUUUGAUGUAGCUACGCGGUUCUGGGGAACCAGCCUCUCCCCCGAAAGGCGUGCCUUGUGAUAACAUUGCCUACCCGCCCCCCCUUACUGACGUU